AUGGCUGUGCCUUCCGAUUCCAGCAAGAAGAUAAAAUUCCAUUAUAGUUAUGGUGGCACGUUCAAGGUGUGUCCAAAUGAUGGCAAACUCAAAUACAUUGGUGGCACAAACAAGAUCAUGACUGUGGAUCAGAGUAUCACUUACACAGAAUUGAUCGUGAAGAUGUGGGACGUAUGUGGACCUUCUAUGAACCUGAGGUGUAAGUUGCCUAUGGACGAUUUUUACUUAUUAGUGCAAGUUGCAUCCGAUGAAGAUCUUAAUUACGUUAUGGAAGAAUAUGAUUGGGUUGGUAAAGACAUGAAGAUCAGAGCUAUUCUCGACCCUCUACCACCGCCGAUAACUGAAGUUGUUGAUGAUUACUUCUGCAGUAAGGUGGCAAGCGUGAAGUUCUUCGAUUACACACCACCUCAGUUUUAUCAUGUAGAUGAAGACGUUGAUGGUUUCUUGAGCCGGAAGAUAGAAGAAUGUUCGUUUUAUUGA